UUUUAAUUUUCUUUGUCGGCUGAACACUAACCCUCAUGAUUCGGAUCCCGCAAUCUCGCCGAGGAGGCUAGUUAUCAAACCAAUUGAUGAAACGCUUCGUCCCGUAAUGUGAAGCGUGCCAUUUCAAUAAACAGCACCGCGGAGAAACACGACAACGCCAGAUAUGAAUAUGAUCACGUGAGCUGGUGUUGUGGCGCGGCUCCUGCCCGUUAAUACUUGUGACGGCGCGCGGCGCGGCGCGUUACGGUACGGCGCGUGACGUCACCGCGCGAGCGUCUGGUCCACGGCUCCGCUGUUGUGUGGCGACCGCGGGAAGAAAAACACAUCGGCCGGUUCCAGGGAGGGACGCUGGACUUCCGCGGGGUCACUGCGGCCGUGUCUCGGACAAGAUAACGGAAAUACACCGGCUUUUCGUCCCUCGGACACAAACCGAGACUCGUUGGUCCGGAACGGCGGAGGUCUGGAUCUAGGACGGUCUCUCUGGAGAGGAAGGAAAAUGGAGCUGGAUGACGGAGUUGUGUACCAGGACGAUCCGGGCACGUCGGCGAUCAUGUCGGAGAGGGUCUCGGGCCUGGCCAACUCCAUCUACCGCGAGUUCGAGAGGCUCAUCCGCAAAUACGACGAGGACGUGGUGAAGGAGCUGAUGCCGCUGGUGGUGGCGGUGCUGGAGAACCUCGACUCGGUGUUCGCCGAGAACCAGGAGCACGAGGUGGAGCUGGAGCUGCUCAAGGAGGACAACGAGCAGCUCAUCACUCAGUACGAGCGCGAGAAAGCGCUCAGGAAGCACGCCGAGGAGAAGUUCAUUGAAUUUGAAGAUUCCCAAGAGCAAGAGAAGAAGGAUUUGCAGAACCAUCUGGAAAGCCUUUCAUCACAUUCCCGUCAGCUGGAGCUGAAGAUCAAAAACUAUGCUGACCAGAUAAGUCGAUUAGAGGAGCGAGAGGCCGAACUGAAGCGCGAGUAUAAUUCCCUUCACCUGCGGCACACAGAGAUGAUCCACAACUACAUGGAGCACGUGGAACGGAUCCGGAUGCAGCAGACGGGAGGAGAGAGCUCUGACACGGGAACAAUUGGCCGAGUUCGGAAAGAGCGGCCCUUGUCUCUGGGAAUCUUCCCCAUGUCCGGCGGUGGCCCUUCACUGACGCCUGACAUCCAGGGCAGAGCUGAGACUCCUGGGAUGGAGGGCUGGAGAUUUAAUAACCUCAGUCAUCAGCGCUCUAAUGCCAGCCUCAAGCAGUUGGAGGCGGAGGACACUCCAAAGAAAAGGGAUGGUAAGGAUGUUCUGGAAGCUUGGGACUCGCUGGCAAACGACUGCAAGGAGGAGCUGUCUGACCUCAGCCAGGGAGGCUCAAAGUCUGUCACUCCCAUGUCCACCACUGCCUCAGAUCUGGCCCUGGACUCGCACAGAGAGGACGGAGAAGGAUUCUGGAAGAACACCGAGGUUCAGGCCGUUCCUGGGACCAGGAGCGUCUCUGCGGGCCUGGCUGAUGAUGAGGAAAAGUCAGAUGUUCAGGCCAUUAUUGAGUCCACGCCGGAGCUCGACAUGGACCUCGGCUAUAAAGGUUCAAGCACCCCGACCCGAGGGAUUGAGAACAUGGCGUUCGACCGAAAUACAGAGUCUCUCUUUGAAGAAGUGUCUUCAGCAGGCACGGGUUUAAUUGGAGACGUGGACGAAGGAGCGGAUCUGCUGGUGGAGUACUCCGGCAUGGGCCGCGAGGUGGAGAAUCUCAUUCAGGAGAACGUGCAGCUGCUCGAAACAAAAAAUGCACUGAACGUGGUGAAGAACGACCUGAUCGCUCGCGUGGACGAGCUCUCCUGCGAGAAGGAGGUUCUUCACGGCGAGCUGGAUGCGGUUUUGCAGGCCAAAGCCAAACUGGAGGAGAGAUACAAGGAGCUGGAGGAUGAGCUCAAAAAAGUGAAAGCAGAGGCAGAGGUGGCCAAACAGAGCAAUAAUAAAGAGGAAGACGAGAGCGACGUGCCCACAGCUCAGAGGAGGAGGUUCACUCGGGUGGAGAUGGCUCGGGUCCUGAUGGAGCGAAACCAGUACAAGGAGAGACUGAUGGAGCUGCAGGAGGCCGUCAGGUGGACAGAAAUGAUCCGAGCAUCGAGGGAAAACUCUGAAGUUGCAGAGAAGAAGAGGUCAAGCAUCAGGCAAUUCUUCAGUCGCCUGUUCAGUUCCUCCAGUUCCUCAGCGUCCAGCAACACAGCGAGAGGGUUGCCGUCCAACGUCAAGUACAACCCACCCAGCAUCAUGAAAAAGAGCAACACCUUCUCCCAGUUCCCAAGAGAAAAGUCCAAAGCGUUCGACUUCCUCAAAGAAGAGGUGGACUCGAGCGGCUCUCUGUCGCGCCGGGAGCAGAAGCGCGCUCAGUACGAGCAUGUGAAAGCCCACGUGCAGAAGGAGGACGGCAGGGUCACAGCACAUGGCUGGAGUCUCCCUGGAAAAUACAAGGUUGCUAAUGGUGGCCACGCAGAAAAUAAAAUAAACCUCCCUGUUCCUGUGUGUCUCAGGCCGCUGGAGCAGAAAGAUGCUUCUAUGAAGCUCUUGUGUGCGGCUGGAGUGAACCUGUCCGGUGGACGCUCGUGUGAGGGAAGCUCGGGCGCCUCUGGAGAAGAGUCUGCAGGCGAAACGGACGCCUCUAAACAGAGCAAAGGCUCCCAGAGCAGUCUCGAUCAGCCGGAGCAGGAACCUAAGGAGCAGGAGCGGGAGCAGACGGUGCAUGUGGAGAUGUCCAGUCGUGUUUGGAUCUGUACGAGCACACACUCCUCCACUAAGGUGAUGAUCAUGGAUGUGACGAGGCCCGACGACCUGCUGGACAGCUUCUACGUCUGUAACUCGUGUGUGCUGUGCAUCGCCAGCGUACCAGGGGUCUUGGAGACGGACUAUCCUGCAGGGGAGGAGAUUCCUCAGGACCUGGAGGCGGGGCCGGACGCUCUACUGGCCAGCAGCAGCUCUCAGGGCAGCGAGGGAGCGUUGAGUGACGUGUCGGCGGUGGGCUGCAGCGUCGAAGAGUCCAGCACGGGGUCUCAGACGGGCAGCACAGGCGCCAACGAACAGUCAGCAGAGCACAGUCCAGCCAGAGCCAGUGAUCUCUCCAGAGCUCCCAGCGAAGAUGGGCUCCCUGCAGCAGAGGAGGCGAUGGAGGCCACGGAGGAAGAGCAGGAGAGCCCGGGACAGGACACCAGCCAGCCAGGGAUCUACACGGAGCACGUGUUUACAGACCCUCUGGGAACAGAGUCCUCCGGAGCUCCGGCGGGCAGCGACAGCCACAGGGAGUCUGUUCAGGACCGGGACGAUAGGGCCUCAGCUAGUGGAAAGACGAAUCUGGCAAAAGAAGAGAAUCAGCGGAUGAGCAGCGAGCUGCCCACCAUGUGGCUGGGGGCGCAGAACGGCUGUUUAUACGUGCACUCGUCCGUGGCUCGAUGGAGGAAGUGCCUCCACGCUGUCAAGCUGAAAGAUUCCAUCUUGAACAUCGUACAUGUGAAAGGCCGUGUUUUGGUGGCUCUGGCUGACGGUACACUGGCCAUCUUUCACAGAGGUCUCGACAGCCAGUGGGAUUUGACCAACUACCACCUCUUGGACCUUGGCCGGCCUCAUCACUCGAUCCGCUGCAUGACCGUGGUGCACGACAAAGUGUGGUGCGGCUACAGAAACAGGAUCUACGUCAUUCAGCCCAAAGCGAUGAAGAUAGAGAAGUCUUUUGACGCCCACCCGCGUAAGGAGAGCCAGGUGCGUCAGCUGGCCUGGGUGGGGGACGGCAUCUGGGUGUCCAUCCGGCUCGACUCCACCCUCCGCCUCUUCCACGCUCACACCUUCCAGCACCUCCAGGACGUGGACAUCGAACCUUAUGUCAGCAAAAUGUUGGGAACGGGAAAACUGGGCUUCUCUUUUGUGAGGAUCACGGCUCUAAUGGUUUCCUGUAACCGGCUGUGGGUGGGAACAGGAAAUGGUGUCAUCAUCUCCAUCCCUUUAUCAGACUCUGUAGGUCAGUGUGGAUAUCUAGGUCAGAGGGCAGCUCAUAAGUCCGUGGGAGCGAUCGCCUGCCGCCCGGGCGGGGCGGUGCGGGUGUACGGCGAUGACCCGGUGGACGGGACGGUGACCGGCUCGUAUGUGCCCUACUGCUCCAUGGCACACGCUCAGCUCUGCUUCCACGGCCACAGAGACGCUGUUAAAUUCUUCGCCACCGUUCCAGGUCAGGUUAUUGUGCCCGGAGCUGAAGGUAUGACUGAGAACUCGGACCCUUCAGCCCCGGACGGCAAGAGCAUGCUCAUCAUGAGCGGAGGAGAGGGAUACAUCGACUUUAGGAUCGGUGAUGAGGAUGGUGGUUUGGGUCGAGAUGAAGAUGACGAAUCAGCCGAACCCACUCUGAAGCUGCAGUCGGCUCCUGCUAAACCCGAGCGCAGUUAUGUUAUAGUCUGGCAGGUCGCUGUAGGCAGUGAGGGAUAAAUCAGUGCUGGAGGAGCAGCGGAGAACUCUAGGUCAACCUCACACAAGCUUGUUAUUUUACUACACGCUACUCUUCUUAUUAAUGCUAUUAUUAUUGUUAUUAUUAUUAAUAAUGUUCUUCUUACCUACAUCACAAUGAGUUCUAAUAUUCGUGACUAGAUGUUUAUUUAAUUUAUUGUUUUAUAGGAAUCUGGCAAUUGACAGAAAAUAGAGAUGAAAUGAAGGGACAAAACGUUGACUUGAAGCCGUCCACAAGUAGAUGAAACUCCUGCGCUAGAGGUCUUAGAUAAAUAAAUGAAGAUUUGUUACAAAUGCACUCGCCCUCAGGCCAUCGAAGACGUAUAGAUGAGUUUGUUUCUUGAUCAGAACAGAUCUGGAAAAAUGCUAGUUACUUCAGUCCUCUGCAGUGAAUGGGUGCCGUCGCAACGAGAGUCCAAAAAGCGGAAAAAUAAAAGGUAAAAAGCUGUGUGUAAGAAAUAAGUCCAUCAUUAAAGGCCCGGUUUCAUAGACGGGGCUUACCUUGAGCCAGGAUUAGGCCGUAGUUCAGUUAGGACGUUUGAGUGAACAUACGGUAAGAAAAACAAUACAAAACAAAGUCUCACAAACAGCUCAGAUUUAGAUGUCAGUCUGGGACAGGCUCAAGCCCUGCCUGCGAAACCAGGGGUAAAGAGUCUCAACUCUAAACCAUUAAAGCUUCUGGUCAAAAUAUCCAUACUUCCAAUAAAAAAGUUGUGGAUUAUUAUGGGCCCUUUCUUGUGUCGGAAGCAACCGUUUGAAGUUAAAGACGACUUAAAUGAUAGUUUAUGCAGCUCUACGAGAGAGAGACUGGAUUUAACAAUGUUUCGAUCGAAUGCGUGGACUCUGGUUCUGACGGCACCCAUUCACUCACCGCAGAGGGGGUCCCAGCGACGCCAUGCCGAACUUCGCCAAAUCCGUUCUGAUGAAGAAACGAACUCAUCUCGGAUGACCCCGGGGCCAGUGCGUCCUCACGACCAGUUUACAGAGGUUUCCUCUUUAGGUCAGCCGCUCGAGACGGUUUUUUUUUUGUUCUUCACAGAGCCGAUCGGAGGUUUCCCCGCGCGCUGUGGCGGCGGUAGCAUCGUGUAGUUCAUGUACAUAGAAACUCAGAGAGCUAUUUUUGCUAUCCGUACGGCGUAGGGCCCGCGCGGCACGGUAUGUGGCGCUCACACGGGUCCUGUAUCGUUCCCGCACCGAACCCCCCGGAGCUCCAGGGAUUCGGGCUUCCUUCGCGCUAGAGCUUUGCUGGCACUUUAAAAGACGACGAAGCUAACUUCUAGAAAGUACAACACGCGGUAGUGUUCACAGCAGCCGAGAAGAGCCAAAGGACGAAGCGCAGAACAGAUAACCGGCGCUGAACGGCCUAGUUGUCCAAUCUUUUGGCUUUUCGGUGUUCUGUGGUUCUCUCGAACGGAUAAUAACGUUGAAUUAAAAAAAAAAAAAGAUUAAAAAAAGCGACAGGGAUUGUGUAAUAAAUGAUUCGUAUUCCUUGCGUCGGGUUUAGUUUGGUCUGCUUCAGCACUAAGCAUCUCAGAUAACUAACGUGGGUUUCGUCCGUGUCGUACGUCCCAGGCUUGGGUUCGAGUGUGUCGACUUUUCUAAUUCUAAUCAGAGAAUCAGCUCCUUUUUGUAUCCGGUCCGUAACGACACUUUUAUUGUACCUCGAUGUCCGUUAAAACAGAUGCAAGGUGUUUGACUUUUUAUGUGUAACCGGGGGGGAACGGGAAGUCGGGUUCGGGGCGCAUUUCGUUUCCUUUUUCGAUCCCGACACGAUAAGGGAAUCUUUACGUCAUUGUCGUCGCCAUUCCAAGUAUUUAUUUUCACAAUGAACUUUGCCGUUCAGAAUGUAACUUUUUACACGUCUGCGAAGCAAGGCGACGUCGUUUAGUUUUACACCCGACACCUGUUAGAAGCGAUCCGACUAAUAGCGCUGACAGUAUUAGGCCUCCGUGGGUCACGUUUAUUGUAUGAAGCUAUGCAUGUUUUUUUUAAAGUACACACUGCAGUCUGUUCGUUCGACUUUGUUUAUCGCCACCUUUUUGGGUGGUUUUGUGUAUACGUGUGAGUGUUUGUGUGUGGAGACGGGUGAGAAAUAUUAGCGCGCGCGUGUGUGUUGUCGCUGUUUCCCUUAAAUCUUACUGGACUGGCUGUGUGUGUGAUACAGCUUGUCAUUACUGUGUUUUUCUCGUCAGAAGUUUGCUAAAACUGCAUCAUAGCCUUAUUUUUAAACUCUAUUAAACUCAAUUUCAUGGGGAACUGA